ACUUCACAAGUCCUGAUAUAAUUCAGCAGGAUUUGCACCUAGGGUUUGUGUGUCUCUCAUAACAGGAAUUGGUGCCACAGAGCCAAUGUUACCAUGGCCACAAGCUCAGUGGCUUAAAAACAGCAAGACGCCACCUGUUUUUGGGGAGGGGCCAUUAUCCACUUGGGAACUCUUGCUUCACCAGCCUCCUGCUUCUUGGGGAUGCUUCUAGGAAGGAAGAGGGAUCCCAGGCUUUGCAAAGGGGCUUCUUAGCCAAUACUCCACCCUCGCCCCCUCCUCUGCAGCAUGGGCAUGGCAUUGCCCCCCUCUUUGCUCCCUAUCAUAGCAUUUCUCAUCUGGUGCUUGGCCUGGGGCCUGACACCACGCUUCCUCCGGAGGCAGAAGGAUUCCUCCUGGCAGCUCCUGGCUGGUGAGGAGGCAGCUGGUGGCAUCCCUCCAGAAGCGAGAGAGGGAUGCUGCAGUCGAGUCCAUCUUUUUUGUGCCUCUCCUUUUCUUUUCUUCCUGCAGACAUCAAGCAACUAGACUUCUGGAAUGCCAGUUGAGUAUGUCGCUGCUCUGGAGGAAAUGCUCCUUGCUUUGAAGAACCACUCAAGUAAACCUGCUCCAGAAGUGCUGAAUGAAUAUUCCCGUAAGGUAGACUUCUUGAAGGGACUGCUGGAAGCAGAGAAGCUGUCUUCGUCCUCUGAAAAGGCCUUGGCGAACCAGUUCCUGGCCCCCGGGCGGAACCCCACCACUGCCAAGGAACGGAUUCCAGCCACCAAGACAGUGCACCUGCAGACCAAGGCCCGCUACACGGGCGAGAUGAGGAGCGAGCUGUUUGGUACAGAUUCUUCCAGUGUCUCUGGUUUGGAAGAGACAAGCCUAAGGAAACGCACAGCCCCCAUCCCAGACGAGAAGCAGUCGGCGGCUGAGCUGGAUGCGGUCCUCCAGCACCACCAUAGCAUCCAGGAGAAACUAGCGGAGGAGAUGCUGCACUUGGCACGCAACCUCAAGAACAACACGCUGGUGGCACAGAACGUCAUCAAGCAAGACAACCAGAUUUUGUCUCACUCUCUCAAGCUGGCUGACCAGAACUUUGAGAAGCUGAAGGAUGAAUCUGACCGCUUGGAGCAGCAUGCCAAGAAAUCUGUCAACUAGCACCUCUGGCUGAUGCUAAUUGUUGUCCGUUUCAUUUUCAUCAGCAUGAUCCUCUUCAUUAGGAUCUUCCCAAAGCUCAGGUGAUGAUCCCUUAUUCAUGUUUGGAAGGGCCAGGGCAACAUUAAGCAGCAGGCCCUGCCUGGCACCUUCUCGCUCCCAGCCCUUUUUUUUCCUCCCUGGGGCCCCAGGUGCUUUUGGAAAUGCUCUUCCAUCCAGCUGGACACUCCCCUUGCCCCCUUCCCUCUUCUGGAUGAGGUGGCUGCUUCACAUGGCUUGUUUGUAGGCCACUAAAAGUCCCAGAAGGCAAGACUGGAAAUCCCUUAUUUGUGAAUGUAGGCACAGAAGCCUCUUGCAAUCUGCCACAAGGUGGAUUGAGACCCCAUCUUUUCAAAACUUGCCAAGUCCUCCACCUGAACUGAAAGUGUGGCUCACGUAGGGGGUUUAAAUGGAAGUCCAGGUGGGAUUUUUCCUUCUGACCCCAGACUCAACAAACUCCUUGCUUUGCUUUUGAGGUGUGCAGAGAUAUGGCUCCCUUGGGCAUCUCUGCCUGAGGUCUGAUGUUGGACAUGCCGCGUAAAGGUUUGCCCCCCAGAGACUGACUCUGCCACAGAUGCUGCUGCAUUUUUAGGUGGGAACCCACAGUCAUGAAUGGUGGAACAGUGGGAGGAAGAAAGGGCCAUGAAUGCAGCUUCCUGGACAAGCUUCUGCCUUCCAUGGUGCUAAAGCUGGCUCCUGCUCUCAGCCUCUGGAGCAGGGAAAGGCUUUAUUGCAGAACCUUGGAACCCUCUUUCUUUACCCUCUGCUCAUUCAAUCAAGGUGGCAGUGGGACAGGGUGUAUAUUCAUAACUGCACCUGGAGUUAUGAAGCUGGUGACACAAGUCUGCAACUCAGGUAUUGAGGUAUAUGAACACUGGCGGGUUAGUAGUUUCUCAUGAUACAAGGGAAUAAUAAAUCAACCCUGUCCUGAACCCACUUUCAAGGGUAUGAGGCUUGGAUUUGAGCUGCCCACCAGAUAUGGACUGAUGUUACUUAUUUUUAUAUCUGUGAGCAACAGAAAUUACAAAGGAUGGUGGUGUUUGGAUUGGGCAGACAGAGAGAGGGAUUUGCCUUUGAUGAAGUGGAUAAAAAAGGACUGAGAUAGUAACAGUUUGGGCAAAAUGUGAGACGCUGCAAGUUGCAACAACCCAGUCUAUUCAAC